AUGACGCGCCAUGGCAAGAACUGCACAGCAGGAGCUGUUUACACCUACCAUGAAAAGAAAAAGGACACAGGUGAGGAGGCUGCUUUCUGUAGGACUCUGGAUUGAGACUUGAAAGGUGUCGUCAGUGCUGUAGGGGGAGCCUUGUGCUACGAUGGCAGUGGUGGGGCGGCAGGUGAGGACCCAAGGAUUCUGAAUGAAGGGGAAGCCCUGGCUAGGUUUGGGAGAACAAAAUUGUGGGUUGGGCCGACUAAAACCAGGACUGUUGCUAGAUAGGGAAGUUGAAGCAGUACUUGAAUCUACAGGGGAAGCUGGGGGUGGGGGUGGGCUUAGUGAAAUCUACAAGCCCUACUACUACCCAACUCUCCCUAAGGAGACCUACCACAAAAGCUUGGGACCAGCAGCCUCCCUUUCACCAUCAUGGAAUUUGAGCACUGCUCCAGGGCUAGUGCAGUGAGAGAAUAAAGGUCAAAACAGGGAGGCAAAUCACUGGUACGUUUGCUUAUAGCCAGGUGAGAAUUGGGAGAAGCUCCGGGAUAGUCAAGAGUAUUGGGCACACCCUGUGGUCUGAUUUAACACCACCCAGUGUUUCAUUGAAACUCAGGUGGAAAUUAAGCUAUGCAACUCCAAGCUAAUUCCGCCUUCUCUCUCUAUUGCUGGAGGAGAUUAUGGGUUGCCAGCCCUUAAACUGUUAGCAAUCAGGUGAGCAGUCCUGAGCAGGUCACUUGACAACCUGGGCUUCUCUGGGCAGAUAUUUACUAGCUGUUUUCCCUUUCUGGAUUUAGAGAUUUAGCAGAGCCACUUAGGCAGGCAGGCUCUUUUCAUUAAUGCGGCCUUAAUGUGACCAUUGCUCCCCCCCACCUUUCCCCAGCUGCCUCUGGAUACGGAACCCAGAACGUCCGUCUGAGCAAAGAUGCUGUCAAGGAUUUUGACUGCUGCUGCCUCUCCCUGCAGCCCUGCAAGGACCCUGUUGUGACGUAAAUAUCUGGCAAGGCCCAUGGGAGAGUGUUCAGUGUAUUAAACCGGAGAUCUGCUACACUACUUAACCACUUGCCUUUUUUGUAGUUCGCUAAUAAAGCAGUGGAUCUCUAAAUCUGCAUCCAACAUGCAUGCACACACACAAAGUUGCUUCUUUCAUUGACUCGCAGAGUUAAGUGAAAUUAUUUGUUCACCCGCUGUAUAUGGCUGUUGAGAUAAUAAUAUUUAUGUUCUUUUUCAUGCAAAUUCCUGUACAGUUGUAUCUUGGAUCUUAAACACCUUGGCUCCUGAACGAUCAAAACCCAGAACAGAGUGUUCCAAUUUUCGAACGAUUUUCAGAAGCUGAACAUCUGGCGCUGCUUCUGCGGCUUCCGAUUAGCUGCAGGAGCUUCCUGCAGCCAAUCAGAAGCCACGCUCUGGUUUCCGAACGUUUUGGAAGUCAAACGCACCUCCGGUACAGAUUCUGUUUGACUUCCAAGGUACGACUGUAGAGUCAAAUUCUCUUCUGCCGCUGGGAAGUGGUGAUUACAUUCCCAUUUCACAGAUGGCAAAUUGUGGCUAACUUUUCCUGUCCAUAACUGAGCAGGAACUUGAACCCCAACCAAAGUUUAUCACUAUAAUGUCCCUUCUGCUGUAGAAUGAUAUAUUGGUUUGGUGGCAUGACCUCCCAGGUGUACCCUUGACCUGUGGGGUUCAUAUGGAUACUCCUAUGGUGCUCUGCAGCUUGCAUGGGAGCCUUUAUGGAAGUGGCAUUUAAUUGUGAUUCUCCUCCUGCCUGUGUCCCUCUCCAGCCCUGAUGGAUACCUGUAUGAGAAAGAAGCCAUCUUAGAGUACAUCCUGCACCAGAAAAAGGAGAUUGCCCGGCAAAUGAAGGUAACAGGAGAAGUGGCUAGUAUGCUAAUCUGAAGAGCCAGAUUUGUAUGUUCACAGCUGUCAGCUGGUUUAAUAGAUUGGUGAGAGAGCACUGCAUCAAUAUUUUACAAAAGGGGAGGAGGUGGCACUCAAGAGAACUGGUAAAAUGAAAUAUAGAUGCCAAGCCACAUGGAAACAAGGCUAGUUGAAGUAGAGAUCUUUUUAAUCUGGUACAUUUGUUUUCUCCCCUGCCUCCAAGGAGCUCAGGAUGGGGCUUCCAUCUUUGUUAAGAACCUGUGUGAAAUAGGCUCGCCUCGUGUAGCACCCUUCCUUUGGGGAUGCUCUCCUGUGUGCCUUGCUUCUGACCCAGUGCAAGACAGCCAUAAAGGGCAGGGAAGAGGGCGCUUAAAUCAUCACUCUUGUUCCAGUGCCUUCAACAGGAAUUGCCUCUAAGAACCAGGAGCCAUUGAUGCCAUCUGCCCAGUGGGGCUUACAGGUCUAAGGGGAGGACUUCACAGAAGGGUAUAACAGAAAGUGUAGUGAGAACUUUAGAACUGUGAUAGAGUGUUGUUGUUUUUUAAUUUUAACGUAAAGUGCUUAAGGUGGUACUCUGUGCUUUUUGCUGAUUUCUUUUCAUGCCCAAUGCCUGUUCUCUCUCUUCACUUUCUCACUUGGAUCAUGGCAAGGAGUGUGCCCCUUCCGUAUUUCAGCAGGAGAGCUUUGUCUUUGUCAUGACAGUUUUUAUUCCUGUGCAAAACUGCAGGCCUAUGAAAAGCAGAAGAAUGAGAAGAAGACGGAGUUGGCAGAGUUGAGCAAGGCUGCCAAAGAGUCCAAGGUGAAGAAUUUCCUCGACAAAGAGAUGAGCAUUGUCAGCAAACCUCUCAACCCCUUUGAUCGCAAGGCGGGUAAGUGCGGAGGAGCGGAGGAUUUGGGACAGGGCCGAGCGACAAAAGUGUGAGAAAUAAGAAAAGUGUAAAGAAAGUGAAUGGCACCUCCCAGUUACUCCUUAGACAGAGCCAUGUACAUCUUACCUGUGCUUCAUAGUAAUAUUUCCCCCACCCUUUUCCGUUCUGGUCCUAUCUGUUCGACAGCAAUGAAGUGUUUUUAGAGAUGCUCUUUGUUUUUCUUUGGGUUUUGGCAGUGCCCUAAAACACAGCACUGUGGCUCGAGUGUCACUGGAUCACAUGCUGUCCACAGUUUAUCUCCCAUUGCCACAAUCACACUGGUUUUUCAGCCUGGUUUAAAGUUCUUCCCACAUCUCCACAGCGCCCCCUAUUCUUUGUAGCUCUCCGGCUGUCAGCCUCUUUGAAUAUUUGUCUCAUACUCACACAACUCCUCAUGUGUGAAGUGAAACUCCUGGGGGAAUUGUGGGUGGCUGCAAUGAGGUGUGAACCAUUCUCCCAAGCAUGGAGCAAAGAGGGUUGCGUGGUCCUGGGUACCUGCUGAGUUUUGUUGUGAUGUUUAAAGCUUUUGCUGGGGGUUGUGGUCAGCUGGAUUACUAGGGUUCAGCUUCAGGGAUGCCUAAGUCAGUACGUGCUGGAUCCUGUCAAAAACUCAGCAGGGCCAGUCUGCAGGUGAGCUCCAGUGUCCCUAAUCUUGUACAGUAGGGUUAGGGAAUCUUUUUUUCACUUGGAGGGCUAGAUCUUUAUCUCCCUGCACCCCUACAAGCUAACUGACAGGUGGGUGGGGCCACCCACCUGUCAUUCAUCUGACAUCACGAUGUGUUCAGGGGUCUGAUAGGUGGGAGGGGACUGUUCCGCCAGUGCAUUCCCCACAAGGAGUGAAGCAGCAGGACUGAACUCCUUGCUCACUAGCUGGUACAAUCCUGUUCUCUUCAGGGGUCUGCUGUGUCAGCAUGUUCCCUGAAGGGAACACAAUGGCAAAGCAACCCGGAAACUACAACUAAUCCAGAAUGCGGCAGCUAGACUGGGAGUGGCCACCGAGACAAUAUAACACCGGUCCUGAAAGACCUACAUUGCUCCCAAUACGUUUCCAAGCACAAUUCCAAGUGUUCGUGUUGACCUUUAAAGCCUUAAACGGCCUCGGCCCACUAUACCUGAAGGAGCGUCUCCAUCCCCAUCGUCCAGCUCAGACACUGAGGUCCAGCUCCGAGGGCCUUCUGGCAGUUCCCUCAUUGCGAGAUGCGAAGUUACAGGGAACCAGACAGAGGGCCUUCUCAGUAGUGGCGCCCACCCUGUGGAACGCCCUCCCAUCAGAUGUCAAGGAAAUAAAAAACUAUCUGACUUUUAGAAGACAUCUGAAGGCAGCCCUGUUCAGGGAAGUUUUUAAUGUCUGAUCUUUUAUCACUUUUUUAUUAUUAUCAUUAAUUCUGUUGGGAGCCGGCCAGAGUGGCUGGGGAAACCCAGCCAGAUGGGCAGGGUAUAAAUUAAUUAAUUAUUAUUAUUAUUAUUAUUAUUAUUAAGCAGCACUCUACAGGAUUGAACCUUUCCCCCUGCUUGUUGGCUGAUAUCCUCCAGUGGCCUCCACUGAUAGGCAGGUGGCUGUGAUUUGGGAGAAAUGUUCGCAUGGGCCAAGACUGGCCUGCAUGUUGAAGGUUUUCUGCUCCUGCUAUACAGCCAUGUCUCCCCACACACCACCUUAGAUUUUCACCUCUUUCUUCGGAAACUAUGGGACUUAAUAACUGCCCUGUUCUGUGGAUUACAGGAGAUGCUCAGCCUGGACCCAGCAAUGAAGAGAAAGCCAAGCAGCUGCCCAGCUUUUGGAUUCCUUCGCUGACCCCAGAGGCCAAGACGAAAGUCAUUCCGAAGCCAGUGAGUUCCUUUUGUCAUUCCUUUUCCCGGCUCACACAUUGCCCCGUCUUCCUUAGGGAGUGUCUGCACUACAAAUAUAAACCAAUUUACCUGUCACAGUGUCUCCAACACACCCAGAAAAUUGAAACUCUUGGAAUAGAGAACUUCUGUCAUGGUCACAAAACUGCACUUCCAGAGUUCUUGGGAGACGUCCUGAGGCGUUAACUGCAUUGAGCUGGUUGCUGUCUUUGAGAUUAGGAAGAUACUGUCUUCCAGUUGAGAUGGUCCUUUUUUGUCAUUUGUUUUUUCCCUCCUGUGUGGCUGUGGAGUUGAAAGGUAUUGAAAUUGAAACUGAAAUACUUUAUUGUCACUUGUACAACUUGUAUACAGUGAGAUUACACGAGCACCCUCCACUCAGCUCUCUUAGUCUUAAUUCCCCUCGUUUACUGACGCACACCCACCCAACCCGAAAGUCAGUUGCCCUGUUGUUAUCUUUUCAUUCAGCAGCCUAACAGCCCAUGGAUAGAAGCUGUUCUUUACCCUGUUGGUGCGACUAAUCAUGCUUCUAUAUCUUCUGCCUGAUGGCAGGAGAUUGAGAAAGUGCAGGCCAGGGUGUGAAUCAUCCCUGAGAAUUUUCCUCACUCUCCUGAGGCAGUGUUCUUCCGCUAUUUCGUCCAGCGGAUUCACGUGACAGCCCAUAAUAUCUUGUGCUGUAUUCACCACCCUCUGUAGGCACUUCCUAUCAGUUCAUGUCAAACCAGCGUACCACACCGUGCUGCAGUAUGAAAGGACACUUUCUAUUGUGGGACCGGUAGAAGGAAAUAAUCAAAUCAGAAGAGGUCCAACUAGUAUAUUCCGCUGCUGUGAAGCUGGCAGCACAACACAUAUGUCUUCUAAGAAGUAAAUGCAGAUAAUUUCAUGGAGGCUUACUCCUAGGUGAGCGAGUCCAGGACUGCCACCUAAGAGUGUUCUGCAGGCUUAAUCGGCAAGUAGACAGCUCCUAUUAGCCCACCUCCAACAUGGUCAGGGAUUAAGGAAGCUUUAGUUCAGCAACAUCUGGAGGGCCAUAGGUUUUUCACUUCCAAUGUAUUCUGGUGAGCAGCAGCAAAGGAUUGGGUUGGGUAACCUGCACCUUCAAAGGUACCCAGGAAGCUCCGCUCAAUCCCAGUAACGUGAGCUGGAAAUUUUUCCCCAACAGGACAUUUUGCUGCUACACAUUUCUAUGAACGUCUUUGAUUUCUGAAAAUGCAUUGUUUCCUAAAACUCGUUUGUAAUACAGUGGUACCUCGGGUUACAUAUGCUUCAGGUUACAUUUGCUUCAGGUUACAGACUCCGCUAACCCAGAAAUAGUACCUUGGGUUAAGAACUUUGCUUCUGGGUGAGAACAGAAAUCGUGCUGCGGCGGCAGCGGGAGGCCCCAUUAGCCAAAGUGGUGCUUCAGGUUAAGAACAGUUUCAGGUUAAGAACGGACCUCUGGAACAAAUUAAGUACUUAACCCGAGGUACCACUGUAUAAUGGAUACAGUUCUAGUAAAAUUACACAGUUUCAAAACUGGAAUUAACUCCCCCCCCCCCCAGAUGACCAACCGUAUUAUUUAAUUAGCUGACUACACAGCUGUCUGUUGACAAACCAAUUUCCAAUGCAAUGCUUUCUUCUUUUACUUCCUUAUAAUGUUUACUUUUUAUGCUGUUCAGCUGACGUGUCUUAAAAGUGAUUCAAUUAAAACAAUUUCCUACCAAAACUUGUAAUUUGCUCAACCAUCUAAACUACAUAAAAUCUACUCUCUUGAUUUCCAAACCCCCCCCCCCCAUAAAAUAUUUCAGCUACGGUACUUUUGGCUAUGGGGGGUUGGGAGAAUGAGAUAUAGUGCAUACUUUUAAUUUUAGAUUUGAUUACUAAAGCCAAAUGAAACACUAAACUACAGUAGAUCGUAAUAAAUUUUAGUAUCAGAAGAAAAUUCCCAGAAAAUGUUCUGAUACCUCUGAUUUUUCUAAAACCCACAUCUCACCUUUUUUCAGCAUUUAAAGUCAUGACUGUUAGAUUUCAUCACUAUUUCCCCAUUCUUUUUAUACAAAAUGAUAAUAUAAGUAACUUGCAUCGUACUCUUACUUUACUUGCAUGGGGUGAGGAAUAAAUAAAUAAAUGGGGAGAGGAGGAAACUCACUUUCCAGUUACAGUCGUACCUUGGUUUCCGAACAGCUUAGUUCUUGAACGUUUUGGCUCCCAUAUUCCACAAACCCAUGUUCUGGUUUGACAAUUAUUUUUGGAAGCUGAAUGUCCAAUGGGGCUUCCGUGGCUUCCGAUUGGCUGCAGGAGCUUCCUGCAGCCAAUCAGAAGCUGCGCUUUGGUUUCUGAAUGUUUUGGAAGUUGAAUGGACUUCCAGAAUGGAUUCCGUUUGACUUCCAAGGUACGACUGUAUUUAUUUCCCCAACCCACCUGCACACUGCUGUGAUUGCAGGCUUCCUCAGCCCUCGCAUUGCCUUUCCAAAGCCAGGUAACCAGCCCUCCACCUUGCAGAGGCAGGGGGCCAGUUCCAGGAGUCCCUGGUUUUAUGGUUUUCUGCAUGGACCUCCAGAACCAAACCCUCACAUAAGAUGCAAGUUACCUGUAUUAAGGUUUAAGCCGAAAUAAUUUUUUCCAGCCGCGCAUUAAGUUCCCCUUCCCUCUGCUUCAAAAUACUUUCAUAACUUUAUAUUUGAAUGUCCUGUGCAGGAGGUAGGGUGAGGGAGCCUUCUUAUUGGCCCGAGUUUUUUCUCUUCUGAUAGAUUAAAAGUUAACCUUAGGGAGGGGAAGAGUUUGGCCACGGGGAAGUUUCUGUUGAGUUUUGUUCACUUUGAUCAGCGCAGGCUGGAGUGUGCCCAGUUCGCUGGCCAUGAGUAGCUUCUGCUUCCAGGUUUAUUCCCAGGAUUUUAAUACCUUGCAUUUCAAAAUCUUCAGUAUCUUGAAUAUUUGACCAAGCUCUGUAGCGUCCUGGAAUUGAUGGGUGUGUGUGUGUGUGUGUGUGUGUGUUUCAGACAGAGUGUCAAUAUUUGCUCUAACCCAUUUGCCUCUAUUGUUUCCAAUUCAUACUCUGCCUCUCAACUUGCCGUGCUCCUUGCCAUUCCAGGACAAGUGUGUGUACUGUCCCAUGAGUAUGAAGCCCCUGAAGUUGAAGGACCUGAUCCCGGUGCACUUCACCCCAGUGGAUGCUAGCGUGGAUCGAGUAGGGCUGAUCAACCGGCAGGACCGCUAUGUGUGUGCCGUCACACGAGACAUGCUUGGAAACUCUGUCCCAUGUGCUGUUCUGCGUCCAUCGUGAGUGAUGGGAUGGGACAUCUCAGGAAUGGGAGGUCUUUUUAAAAAAAGUUUUUAUUUAUACUUUUCAAGUUUAUACAUUUCAUUAGUUUUACAAUCAAUUUAACAUUUCAAAAUUUGACUUCCUUCCCCCCUCUUUCUCCGGUUCCUUAAUUAUUAUUUUUUUAAUAUCUUCUGCAUAUCCGAUAUCAUUUCACUUGCUCAUUUAAUUAUCUACUCUAAAUAUAUGGGACACGGGUGGCGCUGUGGGUUAAACCACAGAGCCUAGGGCUUGCCGAUCAGAAGGUUAGCAGUUCGAAUCCCCCCGAUGGGGUGAGCUCCCGUUGCUCGGUCUCUGCUCCUGCCAACCUAGCAGUUCGAAAGCACGUCAACGUGCAAGUAGAUAAAUAGGUGGCGGGAAGGUAAACGGCAUUUCCGUGCGCUGCUCUGGUUUGCCAGAAGCGGCUUAGUCAUGCUGGCCACAUGACCUGGAAGCUGUACACCAGCUCCCUCGGCCAAUAGAGAUGAGCACUGCAACCCCAGAGUCGGCCACAACUGGACCUAAUGGUCAGGGGUCCCUUUACCUUUACCUAAAUAUAUACUCUUGUGAAACUGCAGGUUGUCACAAUAAUCCUGCUAAUUUUUUAAUCUGUUUACAAUUUAUCUGUAAAUUUUCAGUAAACCAUUUCCAUUCUUUUAUAAAAAGUUUGUCAUCUUGAUUUCUUAUUCCUCCGGUAAGUUUCGCCAUUUCUGCAUAUUCCACGAGUUUUUGUAUCCAUUCUUCCUUUACUGGGACUUCUGCUUCUUUCCACUUUGGGACAAGUAGCAUUCUUGCUGCUAUAGUAGCAUACAUAAAUAAAUUUCUAUAUGAUUUAGGUAGUUCUGUCCCUAAAAUUCCCAAAAGAAAAGCUUGUGGGUUUUUUUUAAAUAAAAGUUAUUUUGAACAUCCUUUUCAGUUCAUUGUAUAUCAUUUCCCAGGAAGUUUUAACCUUACUACAAGACCACCACACAUGAUAAAAAGAACAUUCUUUCUCUUUACAUUUCCAACAUUUGUUCAAUUUAGAUUUAUACAUUUUUGCCAAUUUACUCAGUGUUAGAUAACAAUAUAUUAUUUUCAUAUAAUUUUCUCUUAAAUCAUAACAUUAUGUAAAUUUUAUAGGGGAUGGGAGGUCUUCUGCAUGUAUGCGAGAUAUGGAAUGGUUGUAAGUACUGUAGCAAAGUGUGGGAAUCCAGGCCUUAUACUUAGCAGCAAAUAAUAGGUGUGUCCUUCCUUCCUUCCCCAAAGGGGCUCUGUGGUGACUCUGGAGUGUGUGGAGAGACUCAUCAAGAAGGACAUGGUUGAUCCAGUGAAUGGAGAGAAGCUGACUGACAAGGACAUCAUCGUUCUACAGCGGGUGAGAGUGACUGUCUAACCUCCUUCUGCAAUCCUUCAUAAACUCCCAGUGCUGUAUCCAAGGUGUCAAAAGGCAUCAUUAAUUCAGGGUUGAUUUCACCUUCUGAGAAAUUAAUCCCAUCCUUACUUGUCACCUGUGGCAUUGCAGGAAGAGCCAUUCCACAAUGCUGAAGCUCUUCAGCUAUGCUUUAGGAAUCACUUCUUCCCUGCCCCGUAGCCCUGCCCCAUGUGAUUGAAACUACAGAUGAUCAACACAUCCAAGUUUUCCUCAGUAUUGCUAAUCCCUUCAGUACAGUGGUGCCUUGGUUCUCAAACACCUUGGUACUCAAACAACUUGGAACCCAAACACUGCAAACCCGGAAGUAAGUGCUCUGGUUUGCGAACGUUUUUUGGAAGCCAAACAUGCUCCGUUUUGAGUGCCACACUUCCGUUUUGGGCAUUACGCUGAGAUCUGCCUGUUUUUGCUAUUUAUUUCAUGUUUUUUCUUUUCUUUUUGCAGCUCUUUUUUGUUUUGUUUUUGUGACUGUGUGGAACCCAGUUCAGCUACUGAUCGAUUGAUUGUGUGACUGCAGUACAUUGUUUAUAGCGUUCAUUUUAUGGAGCAAUGGUCUUAUAAGAUAGUAAAAUUCAUGUUAAAUUGCUGUUUUAGGGGUUGUUUUUAAAAGUCUGGAACGGAUUAAUCCAUUUUGCAUUACUUUCUAUUGGAAAGCACGCCUUGGUUUUGGAACAGACUUCAGGAAUGGAUUAAGUUUGAGAACCAAGGCACCACUGUACUGUUGGCAUGCUAUGUUCGCAGGAUAACCCCCUGAACUUAGCUUCAAGCAGCACCAUCAAUUUACUCCAGUCAUGUAUUUGUUUACAACGUAAGCAAUGUUCAAUAUAUUCUCCGCAAGCCAAAUCCAGAAGCGUUCUGCAUUAUUAGGGACUCCCAAACUACUUAACACGCCCCCCAAAUAUCCCUAAGAUAUGUGAAUUUAGAGAACUCGACAGUCCUAGCCAUUUCUAUCCUGCAGCUAGCCAGAGAUCCAGUCUCCUGUGUGUCAACAAACACGAUACAAAAAUAAAGGGUUGUGUGCUAAUGCUAGUCAUACAACCAGUGUUAGUUGGAUACAACCCAAAGCCUUGGCGAUCCCUGAAAUUCUGCAUGCCCCGUUGCCCAUUUAUGAAGCUUGAAGUCAUGUUAAACUGAUGUUUCUGUGUUUUUAAUCUUGGGCAAGUUACAAAACAUUAGUUGCCAGUGCUUUUUGACACAUGGGCAAUAAUAAUUCUGGUUGCAUCUCUGCUUAGAUCUUGUUGUAUUUUGGCCCUCAUGCAACAAAAGACAAACCAAGGUUUCAUGGCAACAUGGCAGGGAGGCACCUGUGGAAGGGAGGCAUAAGUGGAAGGGAAGCUUUAGUUGGGAAAGACACAGAUUCAGGAGAGAGGAGAGAUCACAGGAGCUCCCUGUGAUGUCUGGAGGUUGCUUUUUGUAAGGGAUAAUGAAGGGGAAAGGGUUAAGCAUCCCUCUCCAGGCUCCCAAUUUCCCUUUGCAAAUGCACCUCUCACAUGCAUUAGCAUCACAAGGCGAGAUUGGGAGACUCUUGCUUUGCCUUAUUCAUCUGGGACUGGGAAUCAGGGCCUGUUGCAUGGCUUCACCUGGGAUUUGAGCAUAGCUGUCAACCGUCUCUUAUUUGGCGGGAAAGUCCCUUAUCCCAGCGCUGUGUCCCGCUGCUGUCCCUUAUUGAUGUCCCUUAAAUUUCCCGGGUUUCAAAGGAAGCAGCUCCUCUCCCUCCCUCCCUGCCGGCCAGGGAGGAGGGAGGCUCCAACUGUGUUGCUUAGCUGCGUUGCUCACCCAAUAAGGAGUCUAAGAACAACUGGGGGAUGGAGCUUGCAUGCCUUGUGCUGAUCAAAUCGGCCGCAUUGCCUGGGGACUCGCCUUUGCUCAGCGCUUCCCAGCGGAGAGGUGACGGUGGUUUCCCUUGCUACAUCCCCUUUGCCGGGUUGCUGUGCUGUGGGAACCACCACUUGAGGCUUUGUUUGGCUGCUGGCUGGGCUUUCUGCCUUUGGCUCGGAGGGGCUCAGAAGUUGAACAUACCUGUGCUCAGAAAAUCCCUUAUUUUGGCUGCUGAUCCCUUAUUUUCGAGGCUGCUGGUCCCUUAUUUUCAAAUCUGUAAGUUGACAGCUAUGGACUUGAGUCCCAGAACCUCUCAACGUGGCAGAUAAGCACUCAGAAGCAGAACAGAGACACUGUAUGUCCCCCAGGUAAAGCAAAUUCCAAGGUCUACAGCUGCUGCCAUCCACCCCCGUCUUCUCUUCUUCUAGGGUGGCACAGGAUUUGCAGGGUCAGGUGUGGAGCUGGAGGCCAAGAAGUCCCGCCCUGUUAUGCAAGCGUAA